UUUGAUCACCUGCUGUCCCUCCCCAGCCGAGGUGUGCAGCUCCGCCUCGCCAUGAACAGCCCGCAGCCCUCGGAGAUGGACACAGACGAACUGGGCCGGCACGGAGUCGAGGUGACCCCAGUGGAAUUUGAGCGGCUGACCGGGGGCAUCGUCCACUCCAAAUUCUGGGUGGUGGAUGGCCGGGACCUCUACGUGGGCAGUGCUAACGUGGACUGGCGGGCCCUCACCCAGAUCAAGGAGCUGGGGGCCGUCCUGUACAACUGCAGCCCGGUGGCCCACGAUCUGCUCUCCAUCUUCCACAUGUACCGGGCCUUGGGAGGCCCCAGGGCCGUCCUGCCUUCCUCCUGGCCUCCCCGAUUCUCUGCCCUCUCCAGCCUCCAACAGCCCAUUCGCCUGCGCCUCGAUGGCCACCGCGCUGACGUGUACCUCUCGAGCUCCCCACCAGCCCUCUGUGUCACUGGCCGGACAUCAGACCUCCAAGCCAUCCUCAGCACCAUAAGCCAGGCCCAGGAGUUCAUCAUGGUCUCUGUGAUGGAUCUGAUGCCCCAAUGCAUGUUUUGCCAGCCCAAAAGGUUCUGGUCAGAGCUGGACUCGGCUCUUCGGACAGCAGCCUGUGACCGACGGCUUCUUAUCCGACUACUCAUCAGCUGCUGGCGCCACUCAGAUCCAGACAUGUUCAUAUUCCUGGAGGCCCUGAACAUCCUGUCCCAGCCACCUUUGUCAUGUCCUCUCCAUGUGAAGUUGUUUGUGGUGCCCGUAAGUGAAGAUCAAAGGCACAUUCCUUAUGCUCGGAUGAAUCAUAACAAGUUCAUGGUCACCGACAAGGCUGCCUACAUUGGCACUUCCAACUGGUCCCACGAUUACUUUCUGCGCACCACCGGGGUGGGGCUGGUGAUCCUCCGCCCGCCGGGAGCAGAGAUGCUCCCGGUGCAGCUGGAGCUCCAGGCUGUGUUUGAGCGAGACUGGAGCUCGCCCUAUGCCCAGCCCCUCAGCCCGCGCCCUCUUUGCGCUGCCUCGGGCCGAGAGGGGGCGUAGUUCGGGCUCUGAACUCCGGGACCAAUUGCUCCGCACGCGCUCACCUUCCAAGCCCGGAAAACAAUACUUGUCAAGGGGAACUCGACGUCUUGGGGGCGCUCGCGGCGGGCUACGACCAGAGGAAGAGAAGGACGAGGAGGAAGAAGGGAGAGGACGAAGGGGUUCACGGGGAGCGGCCACAGACCGAGCUUGGCUGCUGUGGCCAGUGCCGGCCCUCAGGGAGGAGUCUCCGGGGAGUAACAAGACCAGAAGGCCCCGGCGGUCAGCACGACCCGGAGCCCAGAAGGAGCCUGGGAAGAGGGAAUGGCCCAAGAGGUAGCGAGAGACAAUUUUCAGACGUGGCCAUCCCAGGCAGUCGUUUUGCUUGGCGGGGCACAUUUGUAAUAAAGGUCUUGUUUUCCCCUUU